AUGGAAGAGUGUCAAAGUGAUAUAGCUAACCAGCCUUCUUCCAUAAAGGGUUGGACAAAAGAUGAGAAAUUUUAUCUGCUGCAAGCUUUAAAAGCAUUUCGUUCACAUGAUAUUGAGAGAAUACAUGAGUAUAUCAAUACAAAGACUCCACAUGAAAUUUUAUUGGCUAUUAAUCACUACAAAAAAAUUGCUUCAGAGCAUCCUAUAUUCGAUAAGCAUCCCAUAAAACCUAAAAAAUACUGCAAACCUCGUGUGCCACUUACAAGCUGGGCGAAAUUGUUAACAGACAACUUUGCUUUAGAAGAGCUCAGGACAGAAUCUGCUACCGCCGUGCGGAUGAUUGCUGAACUAGAAAUGAUUCCCGACGAUCUCUAUACUGAGCAUAUUGAUUUCCGAAAAGUAUAUCACACAAUAGCUAAUGCAAUGGAAGGUAAAUCACUCCAACUAGAUAAAAUAACAGUUGCAGUACUAAACAAAUGUAUUGUUGAAACAGCUUUAUCAAGUAAAGCGUUUAUUAAAACUAGUUCAUUCAAAUACUUCCUUAAUUCUAUAGAUUUUGAUAAGGAAGCACACACAUUUCAUAAACCUACAGAAAAUCAAGAACUUACAGUUUUGAGGCAUUUAGCAUCACAGAGAAACUAUAAUCCUUUGAGAGUGCAAGAAAAUUAUUUGAAACCUACAUGCGAACGUGGAAGCUCUUCUAAGGACAAAGUCAUUCAUAAAGACAAUGUAUGA